UUCAGUCGAAAGGUAGACGCUUAACUGAAAAGUUGAAUGGUGCAGAGACGAAUAAAAUUUUUAUAUUUUUUGAAAUUAUAAUAAAUUCGCUAAAAGUCAUAUAUUUUUAAAGAAACGAAAAUUAGUGCAAAAAAACAUUGGAAUUUUAAAAAUUUACAUAAAAAUUCUUAUUUUAGAACUUGAAAAAAAAAAAGUUAACAAAAAUAAAAAUAUAAAUAAAUAAAUUUAAAUCAAAGAACAAGAAAAAAACAUAAAAGAAAAAAAAAACAAAAAACAUGAAAGUGCUAGUCAAUGUUAGUGGCGGUGUUGGUGGUAAUCUUUCGGAUGAAAUUUGCGUAGGAGAAAACCCGGAAAAAGGAAAAUCAACAGAAAUUCAAGAUAUAUUAGGAAAUCAUGAAGCCGAAAAGAAGGAUUGUAUUCAAAGACAAAUUCAACAAACACCAUUUCCAGGUAUUUCUGAAUUACUGCCAACACUUUAUCUCUGUGGAGCUGGAGUAGCCGUACCGAAUAUUCUGGACCAACUCAAUGUCAAAUUCAUCAUAAAUGUAGCCCCCGAACUGCCUGACACACCUUUAUCCGAUACCAAGCCUCUAUAUCUUCGUGUAAAUGCCUUGGACAGACCAGAAGUUGACCUUAAAUGUCAUUUUGACGAAGUUGCCGAUAUGAUCGAAGAAGUCCAUCAACUAGGUGGAAAGUCAUUGGUUCACUGUGUAGCAGGUGUCAGUCGAUCAGCAUCUUUGUGCCUGGCAUAUCUCAUGAAACAUCGUGGAAUGACACUUCGUGAAGCAUUUUAUCAUGUCAAAGCAAUACGUCCACAAAUCCGACCAAAUAGUGGAUUUUUCCAACAGCUGAGGGAAUAUGAAGAAGAAUUGCGAGGAAGUUGUUCGGUGAAAAUGAUUUAUGUUGAAUCAUUGGAUCGUGAAGUUCCUGAUGUUUAUGAACCAGAAUAUAGAGCAAUGGAAGAAUUUUAUCAAAGACAUCGUACAUUUAAAAGGCGUUAGAAAUUUAGAGUGUU